AUGGAUUUAGAACAACCUGGACAUGUUACUACAAAUGGUCAUGCGACUGUUGGUGAUGAUGAACUUCAUCGAUCAACAGAAGAAUCGACUAACGAUAAACAAAAUGGAGAUGCAAUGACUGAUAUAGGCGAUGUUGUUGACGGUCGAGAAAUUCAACUUCUCGAAACUCCUGAAGAUAUUCAAGCAAGACGUGAACAAGUUCUUGCACGUUUUGCACAUUUUAAAGAGGCAGCUAAAUAUCGUCGGGAUAAACUUGAAGAUUCACGAGAAUAUCAAUAUUUUAAACGUGAUGCUGAUGAACUUGAAACAUGGAUCAAUGAAAAAAUACAAUUAUGUUCACAAGACGAUACAUAUCGCGAUACAACAAGUGUUCAAGUAAAAAUACAAAAACAUGAAGCAUUUGAAGAAGAAGUCACAGCCCAUUACAAUGCGGUAGUACGACUCGAUGAAGAAGGUGCAGCAAAAAUUUUUCGUGAUCAUUUUGCAUCAGCUGCUAUUCAGGGACGUCUUGAUGAAAUUCAUCGUUUGUGGGAUUUACUUUUAAAACGUUUACAAGAAAAAUCUGCUCGUCUUCAAUUAGCACGCAAAUUAGAACAAUUCUUUCGUGAUUGUGAUGAAUUUAUAUUUUGGAUGCGUGAUAAAGAAACAUUUGUUUUAUCGGAUGAUUUUGGUAAAGAUUUGCAAAGUGUUCAAAAUCUUCAACGUAAACAUGAUAACGUUGAACGAGAUAUCUCUGUUUUACAAGAGAAAGUUGAGAAUUUACGUAAAGAUGGCGCACGUAUUCAAGAAGAUGUACCCGAAGGUGCUGAUCAAAUUGAUAAACGUCUAAAUGAUAUGAUCCAAGCAUGGGACGAUUUACGUGCUAAAUCCGAUGAACGAAAAACUGUUUUGAAUGAAUCAUUUCGUUUACAUCGUUUUUUAUCUGAAUUUCGUGAUUUAAUGUCAUGGGCAUUAGAUAUGGAAGCUCAAUUAUCAUCUGACGAAUUAGCUAAAGAUGUAUCAGGUGCUGAGGCUUUAGUUGAACGCCAUUCAGAAUUCAAAGGUGAAAUCGAUGCACGUAAAGAUAGUUUUGCUAAUGUACAACGUAUUGGCAAUGAAUUAAUUGAACAAGAUCAUUAUGCUAAAAGUGAAAUUGAAUUUAAAUUACAAGAAUUACUUGAUCAACAAAGAAAAUUAGAUCAUUUAUGGUCACAACGUUUAAUGCUAUUACAAGAUUGUAUGCAUUUACAAUUGUUUUUACGUGAUAUUGAUCAAGCGUUGACAUGGAUACAAAAACAAGAUCAAUAUUUAGUACAAAAUAUUAAUGAUAUUGAUUCAUGUCAAACGUUAGAUGAUUGUGAAGGUCUAAUUAAAAAAUAUGAUGAUUUCGAAAAAUUACUUCAGGCGCAAGAAGAAAAAGGCAAAGCUUUAGAUGAGUUUGGCCGUGAUCUUCUUAAUGCAGGACAUUAUGAUUCUGAUUUAAUUCAAGAAAAACUUGAUUUACUUUAUCAAUCUCGUAUUAGUUUAUUAGAAAAAAUUAAUACAAAACGUCGUUCAUUACAAAAUACACUUAAUUAUUUUACGUUUGAACGUGACUGUGACGAGUUAAAAUUAUGGGCAAAAGAAAAAUUAAAAAUGGCAUUAACUCGUGAUUAUUUAGAUACAGCUAAUAUUAAUAUUAAAUGUCAAAAACAUCAACAAUUUUUAAAUGAAUUGGCUGCAUAUCAACCCAAAAUGGAUUCUGUUAUAUUAACAGGGCAAAAGUUAAUCGAUGAACAACAUGGACAAACACAAAAUAUAAAUCAACAUUUAACCGAAUUGGAAGAUAUAUUAAAUAAAUUAGUUGAAGCAGCUAAUGAAAAAUCCGAUCGUCUAAAAGAAGCUACUGAUGGACAGGCAUUUACACGUGGCUUAGAAGAAAUCGAUAUGUGGAUUAAUGAUGUUGAAAAUACUUUAACCAAUGAUGAUUUUGGUAAAGAUAUGACAUCAGUACAAAAUUUUCAAAAGAAACAACAAUUACUGGAAAAUGAAUUUUCAUUAAAGAAAGAUCGUAUUGAUCAAUUAUCAAAAGAUGCUGAACAUUUUCAACAAAUUGGUCAUUUCGAUUCGAACAAUAUCUUGAAAAAACAAAUACAACUUGUGACACGCUUUCAAUCAUUAUUAGAUCCAUUGAAACAAAAGAAAGAAAAAUUAGAUGCAUCAGCAGAAUUUCAACGUUUAUUACAUAAUAUUGAAGUUGAAGAAGCUUGGAUUCGAGAAAAAGAACCAAGUAUCAUGUCAACAAAUCGUGGUCGAGAUUUAAUUGGUGUUCAAAAUUUAUUAAGAAAACAUCAAGCUUUAAUGGGAGAAUUACAGAAUCAUGAAUCACAAAUUCGUACAGUUUGUAAUGAAGGAGAAGAUAUGAUAAAUCAAGGUCAUUUUUCAUCGGCUGAAAUUAAAAAACAUAUUGUUAAUUUACAAACGAAAUGGCAAAACUUGAAAGAAGUAUCCGUACAAAGAAAACAUGAUUUAGAAGAUUCAUUACAAGCACAACAAUACUUUAGUGAUGCUAAAGAAGUUGAAUCAUGGAUUCAUGAAAAAGAGCCCGUCGCACAAUCAACUGAUUAUGGCCGUGAUGAAGAUUCAUGCAAUGCAUUAUAUAAAAAACAUCAACAAUUAUUCAAUGACAUUAAAGAUUUUGAACAAACUGAAUUAGAAGAACUUCGCCAAAAAGCUCAAAAAUGUCAUCAACCAGAAAAAGCACUUGUUGCCGAAGAUGUCUUAACAGGUCAACGACAAAAAGUUCUCGGUCUUUAUGAUUAUGUUGAAAAAACACCACGAGAAAUUUCAAUGAAAAAAAACGAUACGCUUAUAUUACUUAAUUCAUCGAAUAAAGAUUGGUGGAAAGUUGAAUUAAAUGACCGACAAGGUUUCGUACCAGCAACAUAUUUAAAGAAAAUUGAAAAGGAUCCAAUGUCAGUUAAUGAACAAGAUCGUCUUGAUGAAUAUACAGUUAGCUCAAGACAGCAACAAAUUGAAAAACAAUAUGCUAACUUAUUGAAUAUUUGUCAACAACGAUUAGAUAAACUUGCUGAAUCAUCGGAUGCGUAUAAAUUAAUGCGUGAAGCUGCUGAUCUUGUCGUAUGGAUCAAUGAUAAAGAACGCAUUGCAUCUGAAGAGUCUCUUGGUAAAGGACCUGAUGAUGUCGAAGAACUUCAACGUCGUUUUGAUGAAUUUCAAAAAGAAUUACGUACAAAUGAAUUACGUCUCGUUCGUCUUAAUUCGAUUGCUGAAAAACUUCUUCAAUUGGGCCGUACAGAUGCUGCACUUAAAAUUCAAGUCGAUAUCAAUAAUUUGAAUCGUAAAUGGGACGAUUUGAAAAAGAAUGCUGAAGAACGCGAACAACAAUUAUUAUCAGCAUAUGAAGUUCAACGAUUCACACGCGAUGCUGAAGAAGCACAAGAUUGGAUCAGUGAAAAAUUCGAACAACUCGAUCCAGAUGAACUCGGACAAGAUUUACGUAGUGUUAAACGUUUACAAAAGAAACAUGAAGCAUAUGAACGUGAUCUUAAUGCACUUGGCGAUAAAAUCCGUGAACUUGAUGAUCUUACAAAACGUUUGAUUACUUCACAUCCCGAACAAGCUGAUGUUAUUAUUCAAAAACAACAAGUUAUUCAAAAUCAAUGGACUGAUUUAACAUCAAAAGCUGAUUUACAUAAAGCAAAAUUAUUAGAUGAUUAUGAUUAUCAAAAGUUUUUAACUGACUUCCGCGAUUUAGCUGCUAUUAUUAAAUCAAUUAUUCAACAAAUAUCAUCGGAUGAACUUGCACGUGAUGUCCCAGGCGCUGAAGCUUUACUUGAACGUCAUCAUGAACAUCGUUCUGAAAUCGAUGCACGUUCAGGUGCAUUUCAAGCAUUUGAAGAUUUCGGUAAUGAUCUUAUCAAUGCUGAACAUUUUGCUGGUGAAGAUAUUAAACAAAGAUUAUUGGAAAUGGAUGAAAUUCGACAACAUCUUGAAACUGCUUGGAAAGAACGACAAGAUAAAUUAGAUGAAUGUCUUGAACUUCAAUUGUUUUAUCGUGAUUGUGAUACAGCUGAAACAUGGAUGGAAAGUCGAGAAAAAGCUUUAAAAGAUGAAGCCGUCGAAGUUGUUGAAGCAGCUAUUAAACGACAUGAAGAUUUCGAUAAAGCUAUCAAAGCUCAAGAAGAUAAAAUCAACAACUUGAAACAGUUUGCAAAUCAAUUAGUAUCUCAAGAUCAUUAUGAGAAAGCUGGCAUUGAUGAUCGUCUACAAGGUGUACUUGAUCGUUGGACUCGUCUUCGUCAAGCCAUGAUGGAAUAUCGUUCACGUCUUGGCGAAUCUCAAACAUUACAAGACUUUUCAAGAGAUGCUGAAGAAAUUGAAGCUUGGAUUGCCGAUAAAUUAGCUGCUGCUUCUGAUGAACCCGUCAAAGAAACACAAAAUUUACAGAGUAAGAGUCAAAAACAUCAAGCUUUUGUUGCUGAAUUAGCAGCUAAUACUGAUCGUAUUCAAUCGAUUAUUGGCAUGGGCAAAGGUCUUAUUGAUUCACGUAAAUGUGCUGGUCUUGAAACAACUGUUGAUAAUCGUUUACAACAAAUCAUUGAACAAUGGGAAUUUCUUGUACAAAAAUCAUCCGACAAGAGUUUGAAAUUAAAAGAAGCAUCACGACAACAGACAUUUAAUGCUGGUGUUAAAGAUGUUGAAUUUUGGCUUGGCGAAAUUGAAAAUCAAUUGGUGAAUGAUGAUGUUGGCCGAGACUUGACAUCCGUACAAAAUAUGCUCAAAAAACAACAAUUACUUGAAAAUGAUAUUACUAAUCAUGAGAGUGCUAUUAUUGAAUUAAACAAAACUGCUGAUGAAUUUAUUGAAAACAAUAUGUUCGAUGUUGAUAAUAUCAAAGAAACACGAAAUUCAAUCAAUGAUCGUUUUGAAAAAGUUCGCAAUCAAAGUGAUGGUCGACGUCAACGUUUACAAGAAGCAUCAACUGUUCAUCAAUUUAUUCGUGAUCUUGAAGAUGAAGAAGCUCAACUAAAAGAAAAGAAAUUACUCGUUACCAGUGAUGACUAUGGUCGUGAUUUCAAUCAAAGUCAAAAUUUACGUCGUAAACAUAAACGCUUUGAAGUCGAUCUUGGAUCUCAUCAACCAAAUGUACAAAAUCUUCAACAAUUAGGCUCACAAUUAACUGAUGAAGUUGGAAAUCCUGAUAUUGAACGUAAAUGUAAAGAUUUACUCAACCAUUGGGAAACAUUAAAACAAGCAACAGAUGAUCGAACAAAGAAACUUGAUGAAUCAUUAACAUAUCAUAAUUGGGCAACAAGUCUAGAUGAAGAAAAUGCUUGGAUUAAAGAACGUUUACAUGUUAUUAAUAAUCCUGAUAUUGGUACAACUUUGGUUGCUGUACAAGCCUUACAAAAGAAACAUGAAUCGUUUGAAGCUGAUUUUAUUAUACAAAAAGAACGUUGCCAAGAAAUUUUACAACAAGGACAAAAAUUAAUGGAACAAGACAAUCACUUGUCACCACAAAUCAAUGAUCGAACCAAUUACUUGCAAGAUGCAUUGAAACGUUUAGAAACUGAUGCCAAUCGACAUAAAUAUCGUCUACUAGAAAAUGCUUCACUUCUUCAAUUUAUGUGGAAAGCUGAUGUUGUUGAAAGUUGGAUCAGUGAAAAACUUCAUCAAUUACGAACUGAUGAUUUGGGUCAUAAUCUUUUAUCCGUGCAAAAUCUUCUUACACGUCAUGAAACAUUCGAAGCUGGAUUAAAUAAUUUUGAACAUGAAGGCAUUCGUUCUGUGACUGACCUCAAAGAGGAAUUAGUAUCCACUAAUCAUGCUAAUUCAUCCAAUGAACAACGCGAGAAAAUCCAAGCGCGCUAUGAACUUGUUUGGAACAAUUGGCAAAAGCUAUUACAAACAAGUGGAUUAAGACGUGAAAAAUUGAAAAAAGCGGAAGAUCGUUUCCGUAAUAUUGAAGAAUUAUUCUUACGCUUUGCCAAAAAAGCAUCAGCAUUUAAUUCAUGGUUUGAAAACGCCGAAGAAGAUCUUACCGAUCCAGUUAAAUGCAAUUCAUUAGAAGAAAUUCGAGCUCUAAUCGAUGCUCACGAUCGAUUUAAAACUGUACUUGAAGAAGCUCGUUAUGACUUCGAUGAACUUAAAGCAUCCGACGAUAGUAUUAAAUCAUUGAAUAUGGCUGCUAAUCCAUAUACAUGGUUUACCAUGGAAACACUUUUUGAUACAUGGAAAAGUUUAGAAAAAUUGAUUCGAGAUCGUGAUGGUGAUCUUCAAUUAGAGAAGAAACGUCAAGAAGAAAAUGAUAAAUUAAGACAACAUUUCGCUGAAUAUGCUAAUGCUUUCCACACAUGGCUACGCGGCAUUGAAUCAUCUAUGAUGAAUGCUGAUGGUAAUCUUGAACAACAACUUCAAACAAUUAAACAAAAAGUUGAUGAACUUCGACAACAACGACAAAAACUGAAAAAACUUGAAGAUCUUGCCACUGAACUUGAACGUCGACUUAUUCUCGACAAUCGUUAUACAGAAUAUUCCGCAUUAAAUCUUGCUCAAGCCUAUGAUCAAUUAGAUCAAUUGGGCAUGCGUAUGCAGCAUAAUUUAGAACAGCAACUAGCUGCAAUGAAACAUAGUGGUGUUAGUGAAGAUCAAGUACGAGAAUUUUCUAUGAUGUUUAAACACUUCGACAAAGAAAAAUUGGGUCGACUUAAUCAUCAAGAUUUCAAAUCAUGUUUACGAGCAUUGGGAUAUGAUUUGCCAACUGUUGAUGAUAACCAACGUGAUGAACAAUUCGAAUCCAUACUCGAUGUUGUUGAUCCAAACAGAAGUGGCACAGUAACAUUACCAGACUACAUGACAUUCAUGAUCAGUCGAGAAACUGAAAAUGUCUCAUCGAUUGAUGAUGUUGUUUUGGCAUUUAAGAGUCUCACAGAAAAUUCAGAACGACCAUAUAUCACACGUGAUGAACUCUUUGCUAAUCUACCACAAGAACAAGCUAAAUUCUGUUGUCGCAAGAUGAAAGCAUAUCGAGAUCGUAACGGCCGUGAAAUCAACAAUGCAUUUGACUAUGAUGAUUUCACUCGUUGGCUAUUCAAUCAACAACCACAUGCAACUUACAGUUAUCAUACAUCAGCUGUGCCGUCACCAUCGUGA